CGCAAUCAAACUGUUGACUGCUACUUACAAAAAAAUUAAACCGCAAAGUAUUAAAGUUACAAACAACGUUGAAUGGUUGUACAAAAAGGUUACCGAUACAAGGAUGUGGUACAUCAUAUCAAGCAGUAAUCCUGAUCAAAAGAUUGUGAUACUUUGCGAGAAGACAUACGUUGUUGGACGGCGCGAUUGUGAUGUUUUGGUGGUGGGGGAUGCAACUGUGAGCAGGAAGCAUGCGGAAAUAUCCAUGACUCACUCAGAGGGUAAUCUGGGUGAUGUGAAACGACUGCCUAUGUUAAGGUUGAAAGAUGUUUCCAAGUUUGGCAGCUACGUGAAUGGGAAGAAAAUUGAUGGGGAACACCUGCUGUCAGACGGAGAUAGGCUCUACUUCGGCUCACCCAAGAGUGCUUUCAUGGCAGUGUUUGAGCCGCUUGCCCUGACAACAUCCUGCCUUGACGUAUCUGCCAAGAAAUCUGUACGUCAGCAGUUGAUCACUCUGGGGGGUCACAUGACAAGUGAAUGGCAGCGGGGAUGCUCUUUACUGGUCAUGAGCAAAAUCAGUGUGACCAUCAAGGCUAUCUGUGCGCUGGUAUCCCAGUGUCCCAUUGUAACCCCUGACUACCUUGCCGCCAUGGUGACACACCUCCAAGGCACCACAGAAAAACCAGAUCCCUUCAACUUUACUCCAAACUUGGCAGAAACUCAGCUUGAUCCAUCCGAGGUGUCAUUCAAAUCAGACAUCCGCCGGAAAACACUCUUCCAGGGGAAAACAUUCGUCUUCCUCAGUGCCAAACAAUUUAAGAAGAUGAGCUUUGCUAUAGAGCUGGCUGGAGGUGUUCCAGUGUUGAUGGAGGAGGGAGGGGAGAAGUCCGUGCUGCUAGCCAACCAGACAAUAGUCAUGAGCUGUCAAGAAGGGGGGUUAUCACAUAAGGCGCGGGCCUGGGUCACGCGGGUACAGCAGAUGCUUGAUAGGCAGGGGAAGCACAUGGUUCAAGAUGCAGAGAUCGGCUAUGCUGUGUUAUACUGCUCCACAGAGAAACACUGCAACCCAGACUUUGCCACUGAAGAUGACCUCUCAAAGCUGCCAUCCCAGACCUUGUCACAGAUGGAACCAUUUGUGUCCAAUACAGAGCUGGACAGGACGACUCGGAUGAGCCAGCUGCGGAGGCAGGGUGUUGACUCUCAAGCCAAGGUAGACGAGACGAGACUGUCCGUACAGACCCAGUCUCAGACUACACAGCGCAAGUCACCCAAGGUUGUGGAAUUGCAGAAAAAAGUUUCACCCCAACCAGAGAAAGACCGCAAUUCAAAGCAGGAGAAAAUGACUUCCAAUCAGUCUAAUACACCCAACAGAAAAAGAGGUCGAGCUACUGAGCUGGAGGAGGAAGAUCCUGGUUCCCUGAGCAAGCGUAUGAAAGCAGAACCAGUCACACCUGGGAAACUGGCUCAACAGUUUGCUUCAACAAGUAAAUCAAGCACACCUCAUGAAGAUUCAUCUCAUGCACCUAAAUCAAGCACAGACUCAAAAAAGUCCAGAAGACUGCAAAAACUAGAUGAAUGGGAUGAAGAUGAUGAGUUUGAUUUCUCGUCAGUUGACAUCAUAACAACACCGACCUCAGGCAGUGGGAAGGUCAUUAAACAGGCUCCAUCCCCACAGAGGGCUUCCUCACCCAACAGGUCAAGGUCAAGGUCACCACAUCAUCAAACUAAAGGAAACAAGAACAAGCGACAAAAAGAGACAGAAACAGUGAAUGAAACAACUGCUCAUAAGACAAUUGCUAAUAGAAAUGUGCGUUCUAGGUCAAAGUCACCAGCUCCUAGUCCGAAAUCACCCUCAAAAAGUUCAAGGUCAAAGGCCUCGGGACAGACUUCUGGACAAGCUGGGAUUAUUGAAGUUAAAACAGAAGUGUUGUCACCAGAACCCAGGGCUGGUCAGGUGAUCUACGACAGAACCAGGACAAAACAGGAGAGGGUGAUGGAGGAUGAUGAUGAUACAGGAGACACAAAGCAAGGUGUGCUGCAGCCUGGAGUUCCAUCUGGCUUCCUUACCACAACCAAACCCAUACAGGGUCAGGUAGAGCGUCACCGUGAUUAUGAGGAAGACACUGAGUUGCCGAGUGGUGUUGUACAGGUGGAAAUGGUCAGUCUGGUUGCUAGGCGACCCAGGCCUCCAGAACAAGGGGCUGGAGACUGUCCUGAGGGUUUCACUCGCUGGAGGGGAAAGGUGGUCAGGAAUUACAAAAAGUUCAGGAAGAACUCCAAUGCCGGAUGUGAGGCCCUGCCACGGAUUAUCGGAGGCAGCGACCUGGAGGUGCAUGUGGCACAAAGAUCCAAAGAGCUUGAUGAUUGGUUCCGUGACACCAUGCAGGCGGAGAGCCAACAGUCCAAGGAUGAUGAAAAGGCAGAACAGAUGUUCAACUUUGACAGAGGUGCCAGCUCAGGCAAGAGACGAGGACGGUGAUAGGUGCAAGCGACACGAUCCUGGAUGCCAUCCAUUAUUGUAUUCACAUUCAUUGUUACAUUGGUUUAUAGUAAAAUGUUUCAAAAAGUUUAUUAUCAACUUGCCUGCUUAAUGAGGAUUUUUUUGAUAUUGCCUUUGCAUUGGUUGUGUUAUGAGUGUUGCUAUCUACCUGCAAAAUCUUCAGUGGUGUCCAGAACUAGGAAACCAUUAUAGAUGUUAAACAGGAAACUUGGUGCCCAUGUUUAUUAUCACCAAAAGCGCAUGAUUGUGUAGAAACCGCAUAACUCAAAUAUUUUCCCUUUUAUAGUUACAUCACUUGAUAAACUAAGAAAACAGACAAAGCGUGUGGUGCUCUAUUAUCUUUAUCUCACAGUUUGCAAUCGGAGACAUGCCACAAGUAAGCAUUGCAGUUAUAUGCAAGGCAAACUUUUGAAUCAAUUCCUUAUGUGUUAUCUUGAAAAUAUCUUACUGUAAUGGCUUUGAGAUAAUGCUUUACACUAAACACUUGAUUUUAAAUGAACCGGAUGAACAUUGGUAAAAGUUUGAAACCUCAAAAAUAUUGCAAAUGGGUGUGAAGAAAACGGUUAAGGUAUUGUGACAGCCUUUUUAACAGACAAACUUUGGCCUUUGGCUCCACAGCGCUAUCAUUACAGUACAUUAUAUAGAAUUAUUAUACCUCACUUCUAUAGAACAUAUAGUAAAAACGCCAUGGCAAUAUUUUCAACAAUCACCCUCUGCCGCACUGUUACCCUCAGACAUUACGAAAUUGACAAUACGCCACAAAUAUGGCGUCAUGUUGGAUUUUUUUCUUAUAAUUCUACAGAUUUUGUUUGGAUAAUAAAAUAGAUAUUGA